AUGAGUGGCGAGGAUAAACACACGAAAAAAAUGCACGAGCUAUUCAUGCAAGUGCUGAAAAACAGGGAUCUUUCCAGAGCCGGCGACCUCUUCUCUCUUCCCGAUUCUGUUAUUGUUAACGAUCUCACAACUGUGCUAAAGGAAAUCACAUCUAUAGCUUCUCUGCCUGGGUACGCGAGUUGCGACAAUGACCAGAGUGUGGUCGAAAUAUGCAUCACAAGGGUGAUAUCCUGUAUAAGAGACACCGGAACUGUCGAAGAGCACUGCGAGGCGCUGGUCACUUUAUUGGAGUCCUGUUUGCAUCAUAAUUUACAAGUAUCUGCAAGGGACGAGGAUCCUCCGCAUGCUAAGAUCUCUAGCGAUAUCAUUUCCUGUAUAUUUUUAAAUUAUGGCAAAAAAUCGGUCAUGGAACGCGCUUUACCGGUGGCUGUCAAAUUCUUACAUAAAGGAAACAAAGAAUUAUCAAGAAAUAUGGCAUCAUAUUUAUCUCUGGCAGCUAUGGAACACGCUAAUCUACUUACACCACAUGUUCAACCAAUAAUGGAUUCUAUUAUAUCAGGAAAUUAUCCUUUAUGUAGGGUCCUUCCAAAUAUAUAUGAGGUCUCACCUGAUCCAUUUCAAGGACAUGUUAUGGCGCUUGUUUCGCUAUUACCCCAAUGUGAUACACAGGAAAAACUGGCAUUAUUAAACCUAUUCUCUCUUAUUGCAAAAGAUAAUCCAUCGUUAUUAGAGGCAAGCGUUCCACAGCUAUGCGAGUACCUGAGUAACUCGGUGACCGCCUCGCCUACUCUUCAGAUUUUCCUGAGGAUGGCAGAAAAAAAGCCUGCUCUGUUGGCAGAUCAUAUUAACGCCAUGAAAGAGGUGGCGGAAAAACAUCCGCACACAGUGUGUUUAGCUGCACAAGUGAUAGGGGCUAUCGGGAAGCUAAGUAAGGAUAAAGCCCAGGAUGCCUUAAAUUUCGUUCUCGAAUGCCUGCCAAAAGCUGAUAGAGGCUCACAAAGUACUCUGUUGAGAGAAGCUACAUUGCUAUGCAGCUCUUAUCCUGUACUAUUCACAGAUAAAGUUCUGGUUGGGGUAAGGCAAAGAAAUCAUGCAAGUACAAAUCACAUAAAUUCAACAACUCAACAAAAUCAAAUAGUAUCCGGCGGAGUAACGAUUGUUAAAGUUGGGGGUUUUCAUCAAAAUCAGCAGCAAGGUUACACAAGGAGGCCCAAGUUGGGCGAUUCUAGGAGCACUGGGAGGCUACAUACUCCCUCCAAUGCUAACACGCAUAGGAGCAUGACAAGGCUUAACAUUACAAGCGGUUCAAUUGGAGGUCUCCACAAGAGCAUGACCAGGCUAAGUUCUUCCCAGCAAAUCAACACCCUAUCAAAUCAUUCCGGCACCAUACCAAGCAAUAGUAACGUUAUAGUUACCAACAGUAACAAAUGGACAGCCGUUAAUAACCACGUAUCCAGUGGUGGGGUAACGGUUACGACGAUAUCACCUCCAAAAAUCCAAAGGCCACUCAGCCAGGGGCCUUUGACUUUUUCCAAUAGUCAGAAUCAGUCUUCUGUUUGUCCCCUAUUGCUCACUCCCCCUCAUCUAAGAAACAGCAAUUCCGUAACGGUUAGUUCAGGAUAUACAGGGCCGAUUUCAAGUGGACAAGUUUCUGUAUUAACCACAGGACAUAACCAUGUUAACACUCAAACCAUACCGGUGGGGCCAACGUUAAGAAAUCAUUCUCCACCAUUAUCUGAAUCUUUAUUACCAAUAUCAAGGCAUGAAGCUAUGAACACCGGAAGUGGAAACGUGAACAUAAGCGGCCCUACCACAGUUAUAGCACGCAGGGCCAAUAACACUACUGUUACUUUACUAAAUUCCGAGAACCAACGUAUGAGCGUUUUUGAGCCUUAUCCGAUGAGAGAUACCAUCCAGCAUUUCUGCGAAAAGCAUCUCGAUAAAAUUAAAUCCUACAUGGAAAAAGUAUCGCUACGAAUGCCAUCGCCGGCCAAAUGCACCAUAGAAGAAAAACGACAGAAGAAGUCCGCCAAACUGCAUUUCGCUUGUCAAAGCAGAGGGCAGCACUGUCUGUACUCGAAGACUUAUUUUACAAUGAGGACGAGGAAUCCCAAGAUUUGGAUCCAUUUGAUGUUUAUAUCAUUGCAGGCAAGGCACUCUCACGCUUUAAGCUCAAGGGACGCCCAAGUCGCGAGCUUGAAACAUUGCUGGGACAUACUAAAAUGCGAAAACAAAACCUUCCUGACCGUCGUGACCAGCGCUUUCCCUUGCACAAAGGACCAAGACAUUCUUUUAAACGAACUGAGAUCUUCAGGAUAUUUCGAUGUGUUCCAAAUUUGCCCGAACGGUUCAGAAGAUCCUAUCGAUAAUGGAAUGAAUUUGAAGUGGGGGUGUUUUCUUUGUGCGCAUCCCGAGAGGGCCGUUGGAUUCUUAAGAGGAGACUCAGCUCAGCCUGUAAUAGAAGGACAAUUAAAAGAGAAAAAAGGACGAUGGCGGUUAUUUAGAAGAUGGCGAACAAGAUAUUUCACUUUAUCAGGGGCACACCUUUCUUGUAGAGGAUCCAGUGGAGGGGAGUCCAUCGACGUGAACCAGAUUCGUUCGGUGAAAGUGUCGAGAGGUGCCAGAAACAUACCGAAAGCUUUCGAGAUUUUCACCGGCAACCAGACGUUGAUUUUGAAGCCCAAGGACGGAAAGAACGCCGAAGAGUGGGUGCAGUGUUUGAAUAUAGUUGUGGCGCACUCUCACGCCAAGGAAAUACCCGGGAAAAGCAACUCUUUACCAGCGAGAGGCAUAAAUUCUAGUCGGACAGUUAUUUAA